GUUAGUUCAACUUUUCCUACUACUUUGAUUUGAAUAAGACGCAGUGCGAGAUUGCAUUUGAGAUGUUUUGAUGUCAUUUAAACUCUUUGUUUAUUACUGGAUUACUGCAAACUGUCUCAAUGCGCAUCAAGAUACCUUGCACGUUUUGCCCUCGCGGCAGUGAGCAAAUGUGAUUCAUUUCAAGCAGUUGGAAGUUUUGUCCACUGUGGGAUUUCAGUGCGUGGAGAAGCAAACAUGAGCACCUUUACUAGCGUAAACUGGUUAACAACUCGCGACCAGGAGGGGGUAUGGAACAAGGGGAGCUGUUUGUGACAAUUUCUCUCGAGAAACCUGGAUUACGGACCAGCAAAUGGAAACAUUUGAUCCAGAAAGUUAACUUUUAAGCUGUUGCAUGCGGGCACAUGAAGGAAUGGCAAACUCUGGCAACUCAGUCACUCCCUGCCUGUGGAUAUUGUUUUUGUCCAUCGGCAUUGUGUUCUUUAAUGCUUUAUCCACCGCGUCUCCGACACACAACCAGCGUUUGAUAUGCUGGCAGGCUAUCAUGAAGUGCCAAGGAGAGCCUGAUUGUCAUUACGCGUAUACUCAGUAUGUUCACGCGUGCGAUCCGGUGAUAAAGGGCAACAAGAAGGUAUGUCCCAGCCACUGCAUUUCUUCCAUCAUUCAGCUCAACCUAACAGUGAACGGCCCUGCACUGGAGGACUGCGAAUGCGCCUCGGACACGGUGUGUAUGAUGACUAAGCGAGCCAUCGAGCCCUGCAUGCCCAGGACCAGCCACAUGGGCUGCACCGAAGCCCGCAAGCAGUGCGAGAAGGACCCCGAGUGCAAGACCGCCAUGCUGGACUAUCUGUACCACUGCAGGAAACUUUUCGGAGGAAACCGCUGCUCGGACGACUGCCGGACGCUCAUCGCCAACAUGCGCUCCAACCCCAAAGCACAGCUCCUGGACACCUGCGUGUGCGACGGUAACGAAAGGACCACAUGCGAGUAUGUCAAAUUCAGCAUGAAAAACUUAUGCUUUGGCGACGGUUAUGGCGGGAGUGGCUUUUCAGAUACCGAGGACGAUUUGGAGGAAGACUACGAGAUGGAUUAUGAGGACGAAGCGAGCCAUGCCCGGGAGUUACGAACACAAACGAGUUUGAUUGUGUUGUCCACCAUUUUGACCUUUUUUCUUGUACUGUAUUAAGAUACUGUUUUCAUAAUUUGGCCUCUGAAACUUGUUCCCAUCACAAAUAAUCGGGCUAAAUUUAAAAUUCAAUUUUAAUCUCAUACUUCCCUCAAUGCAACAUCUCAACGUUUUGACCUUUCUUCUCAGAAAAAAACUAUAUAAAACUUUAUAAAAAGAGUUUAUAUAGUUGUAAAUUUCAAGUUGUGCUAUUUAUUUGGUUUGUAUUGUUUUUAUUUAGGACUCUAAACUUACAUUUCACACUUUAGCCUACGUUAGUCUUGUGAGAUAUAACUCGGAUUUGUGAGAAAUAAACCCAGAAUUAUGAGAACGCAAACUCACAAUUGUGAGAAAUAUAUUUACAAUACAGAAGGAAAAAUGUUUAGACUCAUUAAGAGUAGUUAACUAGAAGUAAAAUUGGCAAGAAAAUUGAUAUUAUGCAAAAAAAAAGUAAGAAUUCUGAGAUGGUAACCCAAAAUUGCAGUAAGUGAGUAACAAAAAAAAGUUCUGUGGAAAAAAACUGUGGGUUUCCACCACAGUUCAAAGACAUGCACUAUAGGUGAAUUGGGUAAACUAAUUUGGCCUUAGUGUAUGAGUUUGUGUGUGAAUUGCGAGAGUGUAUGCAUGUUUCCCAGUACAGGGUUGCGGCUGGAAGGGCAUCCACUGUGUAAAUCAUUUGCUGAAAUAGUAGGCAGUUCAUUCAUUUUUGUCUGCAUAGGUAUCCACGUAUUUAUCCUGGAUGAAAAUAAACGGUAAUUUGGUUACUACAGCAAAAGUACACAUGCAUACGUUCCAUGAUCUGUAUUGGAUACAAGUAGCUUCUUAGCCUACUUAUCACUUAUCACAAAACAGGCUUAAGUUGUGCAAAAUGACAUUCUCGCACUGAAAAACCCAAAAAGUUAAGGUAACUCAAACUACUUGAGAAAACUGAUUGUAACAAACCAUUUGAGUUAAAAAAAAAAAACUUAUCCUAAUGAGUAUUGUGAACUUAAUAAGUACACAGUAAAACCCAAUAAAUGAAAUGACUCAAACCAACUGAGUACUGUAAAACCCAAUAAGUUAAGUCAACUCAAACCGUUUGAGGAAACCAAUUGCUACGAACCAUUUGUGUUAAAAAAACUAAACUAUAUGAGUACUGUGAACUUACUUCAUUUAAGUUGAAGUAAUGAGGUAUUUAAUUAACUCAUUACCUUCAACACUGAGUUCAAAACUCUUUUCAAAAGAGUAGAAUUAAUUUUCAGUAAAUUUGGAGUUAAAUACACUCAUUUCAUUUGAUAAAGUUCACUGUUGGGUUUUACAGUGUAUGAAAAACUAUUAGAGUGACAGAAUAGAAGCACCCCUUAAUAAGUGAUCAAAUAUUAUGCAUAAAGCAUUUCACCCAAUUUGCAGCCUUUCAUUAAGUGAUAUUUUUUUAUUGAGCAGAAGGUCUUGUCUUGAGUUUGUUGUUGUUGUAUGGUGACUUUUCUUUACAUCUGCUUUUGAUUAAUGUACAGGUACACUAGAGAGAUUGCCAACUGUAAAACAAAUCAGGAAAAGUGGUUGAGCCAGAAUCACAUAGCUAAAGGUCUUUCCAAAACCUAGUUGAGCUGCCAAAAUCUACACAGAAUGAAAAUACUCCAGUUGUCUUUGAUGUAAAAAAAAUAUGUGCUCUACUAUAUAUUAAGUUAUUUUGAACUAUAUGGUUGAAACCGUAGAUGAAAAUACUGGAAGUUUAUUUUUGUAUGAAAGAUUGUUUAAUGUAAAUUGUAGGUAAACAACAUAUUGUAAAUGUGUAUAGUGAUUCUGUAUCAUAUAAUUGUGUAAAAAAUGUUGAUAAUGCAGUGUAAACCUCACAAUGCUCAUAAAGAUUGCCUUCAAAUUAUUUCAAAGAUCAAA